GAGCCUCUCUGGUUUGGAGGAGGCGUGGCUUAUGCUGCAGGAACUGAAGGAAGGAACACGGCUGGUUGAUCUCGGGUUUAUCCCUAGGAAGAGCAGCUGUGCUUUCCUGGCGUACCCUGCCCUGCAGAAUGGAUGGUGGUGGAGGCAGCCGGCUCCCCUACGAUGAUUACCCAGUGGUGUUCCUUCCUCCCUAUGAGAGCCCUCCUAUGUGGAUUCCUCCUCAUGAGAGAAUCUACCAUUCGGAUUACAACAACGAGCUGACCCAGUUCCUGCCUCGUACGAUUGUGCUGAAGAAGCCCCCAGGGGCUCAGUUGGGCUUUAACAUCCGAGGAGGAAAGGCUUCUCAGCUGGGGAUAUUUAUCUCAAAGGUGAUCCCAGAUUCCGACGCCCACCGAGCAGGUCUGCAGGAGGGGGACCAGGUCCUGGCGGUGAAUGACGUGGACUUCCAGGACAUUGAGCACAGCAAGGCAGUGGAGAUCUUGAAAACUGCGCGGGAGAUCAUCAUGAGAGUCCGUUUCUUCCCGUAUAAUUACCAGAGGCAGAAGGAAAGGACAGUUCAUUAGAAGCCACGUCCCAGCAGCAGCCUUCUCUGUGCAUAAAGUUCUCCAGCCUCCAACCAGAACACACACACAUUCUCUCUCUCUCUCUCUCUCUCUCAUUGUCUUUUGUUAAUUCUGUGCAAGGCUCCUACUUGGAGCAGGUGCUGAACUUGGGGUGGGGGGCACUGAAGCCCCUCGCUUUCAGACGAGGAGACAGGCUUUCCCCCAUCAUUUUGUGCUGUGUGAGUGUGCUGUGGCACAGGGAACAGAACUGAGGUUUCAAGCCAUUCCUGGAACCAAGAACAGGGUUUGGAUGUACCGAGAAUGCAGAGAUCCAGAUGUUUUCUUGCGUGCCGAAGGAGGGCUGCUUCCUUUCCCCCUAAAAGAAGAAGAAUAUUCAGAAGGCAAAAACCAGGAGAAGCCGAUGCAGAGUUUUUAAGUUGGAACCGCCUUUGUGCAAGAAGUGGGUCUUUGGGGUUCCUUAUAUACACAACUUACUGCGAACAGUUGCAUCACUGCUUAGUGAAAUGAACGGGGUGCUUUUACAUUCGGUUUACUGAAGCUUGUGCUGGAGAAACUUCUAGAUGGUUUAAUACUUCCCUCCUUCUCCAUUUAUAUGAAACCUUGGGAGUUUUGGAAUUGGUAGUUUCAGGUCCUGGAAUAUCUCUGGGGUGGCAGAAAUAGUAACUGCCAGAGAGUCCAGGGAGAGGGUUGUUUGUUUUAUGAAGGAAGUUUCCAGUCCUCAUUCUUAAGGCAAUUGACUGGGCUCUCUUCUUCUAAAGGUUUGGAUAUCCGAAACACCUUCUACAGGGAAUAAGGCAUCUAUUCUGAAAAAAUAAUCCAGUUCGACCAUGUUUAUUUUCCUACCAAUGUUACAUUUUCCCUCCCCCCCUCCCCAUUCGAAAUAAAAAUUCAGACUUCACGCAC